AUCGAGUACUGGUUCGAAACAUGGGUGAGCGAGGUGGACCCGGUAAGCUACGCUCAUAUUGGGAGAAGAGGAUCUACGUGGUGAAGGAGCAAAUCUCAGACAAUCCUGUGUAUGUCAUUCAUCCUGAGGGAGACCCGAAUGCAAGGAACAGAACCAUACACAGAAACUUGCUGCUGCUAGUAAAUGAUUUGCCUGUUGAGAGUCCAGCACAGUCAACUGACACUGUUCCAACUCCCCGUCAGGGACAAAAGCAACCUCAACAGAGGGCAAGCUCUGCUGACAAUGAUGGAAUACUGCACACCGAUGAUGAUGAUGAUGAUGAGGAUCAGUGGACAGGAGGGUAUUGGCUUAGAACACCUGUAGUCAGGAUGGAAGAUGGCAGAUCAGCGGUCCCUGAGAGAGAGCAAAGUCCGGUGUCAUCUCCUGCAACAGCGCCUGGUCAAACUCCAAAGAAGCUGACCAAGAUCCACAAAGAUUAUCCAAAUACAUUACCGACGAGAGAAACCGAACCUAUGGACACUUACUUACCAAGAGUACAAGAGACAGCUGAAAGAGACGAUACACACACGGAUGAGACAAACCUACCUGAAAGAGAGCACGAACAAAACAUUCCUGAACAAGAGGAUAAACAAAGUUCAAAAGACAGAGAUGUGGAAUUAGUCGGAGAUGAAUCGCAGACAAUUGAACAACCUGAUGUCACUUACUUACCUCAGCCUGGAGAGGAAGAGAAAAAUGAACAUGCCGAAGAAGUACAGGAGGGAAGACAGAGUUAUCCCCCUAUUAUGACUUGGCCCGCAGAGGAUGCACACAGAGAGGUUAGGAGGUCGGUUAGAGAGAGGAGACCGAGGCCGAUGUUCACUUAUGACUCACUGGGUCAACCUUCAAUACAAACCCAUGUAGAUUCCAUUUCCUCACAGAUUACCUCAGCCCCCUUACCUUUCAUGUCACACAUUACCAGACAGUUCAUCCUACCUACUCCUUACUUACCACAAAUGUACAUGCCUUGCACAUAUUACAUGCCAGUCACCGCACAAGUUUAUUAAAAAAAACAAAGAAAGUUUUGUUUUGUUUGCUGCAACAAAUGUCGGGAGCCAUUUUUGUUUGUUGGGGUGGAUGUGACACUCUCAAAAUAUAAGUGUUUUGCUGAGAUAAAUUUUUGUUUUCUUUCUUUCUAAUGUAAUUUCAUUUUAUUUUGACUGAACGAAUUGAAUAGUUCACAAAGAAGCGCAAUUACAUGCUGUUUUAAAAUGGACACAAGGUGGCACCACCUCGCGGCAGCGUUACACUGGGACUCUUAGUAAUGCGCAGAGCAAGAGGAGCUCAUAAUCCGAGUGAUUGGAGCAUGAGCUGCUGUUGUCCUGCGUCGCUGAUUUCUUUUCAAUAUUUUCAAUAUUUCCAGGUUAGUUAUACAACUUUUAUAUGACAAGAGAUGUUAAGAAACUAGUAUGAAUCCCUGGUGAUGUGUUGUCAAUAAGGCAAAAGUAUGUAAAGUGCGUAAACGGUUCAAUUUGAUGUUACGUAGUUGAGGAAAUGGCGGCCAACGGCCUCAUCUAUUGUUUUAUUUGACUUGUUUCUUGCGGCUCCUGGGCAUUUGUGUGAAAAGUAGCUGUGUAUGUGUGGUUCAAUGUUUAAAGAGUAUUAAAUUAAUACUAAUGUGCAGAGUAAGACCAGUUACGGCCGCAGCCGUGUUUAAAUGCGCACAUGUUAAUAUUAGACAACGAGACAGUUUUCGUUCAUAGGAUUGGGUGCCUUGUUAUGAGGCAGAAAUGUUUACUAUGGACGUUGGUAUCUAUAUAGAGUUGUGUAAUACAGCUUAACUGCAAAUGAUGAUUAUUCUGUUAUAAAAAAGUGAACACUUAUAAAAUGUAUGGUGAUACAAAAAUAUUCUAUUGAUGAUAGACAGAAAAUGUGAGUUAAAAGGAAAAUGGUUGUCUUGUGGUUCAUACAAAUUUUCUAUGUUGGGAAAAUAUGGGAGGAGACGUUUAUGUGAAAACAGACUUUGGAAGAAAAUAUGGCUUCAUGUUAUUCAAAUGUGGAUAUAACCUGUGCUCAAUGUAAAGCAGAAAAAAUAACAGAAAUAAUUCAUGAUUGCAGAUAUAAUGUUAAAAUGAUGUUAGAAAUAAAAGAUAAUCCGAGUGAUUGGAGCAUGAGCUGCUGUUGUCCUGCGUCGCUGAUUUCUUUUCAAUAUUUUCAAUAUUUCCAGACUCCUAUCAGAGGGUUAUCUAUAUAUCUGUCAGCGGAGACCUAGCUGGGACCCGCUACACAUGUUUUAGCGAGCUUGGCGGUCACCUCAGUCCCGGCUGCGACAGUCAGCAAGCUCCGGCAAACCACGCUUCCCGAGACGAGUCGUCACAAAUUAAUAAGGCCACGGCGCAGGAGGACUUGGGAAGGGCGGGUUUCCAGUUUGAUGCGUUUGAAUGGAUGCAACAGAAAAAUACCUGUUUAACAAAAAUCUGAAGUUGUGCUGAAUUCAGUGAAACAGAGUGUAGAAGAACAGUGGACACAGCAGGAGAAGAAAACUGCCCUUAAAGACUCCAUCUGAUGAAAACACAAAAUGUUUAACACACAACUAAC